AUUUACAUUCAAUAGAAUAGGAAUGACUAUGUUGGUUGCUCUCUUUGCUCUGUUUCUGUUACAAGGAGCAGCUUAUUCUCAAUCAUUCUCCUUUAAUUAUAAUGCCUCCACUAAUUCCUCUGGACUUCAAGUGGACUCCACUGGAAGAGCAUUCCUUGCUGCAGACAACUACCUGUAUAGACUGAAUGCUCAGCUAAUACAAGAAGAUAAAGUUGAUGUAGGAGCUACUGUCAUCACUAGAGGACUAGCCCUGAGCUCUACUGGGAUGUUGGUGGUAUGUUUAGAGGAUCUCUCUUGUAAUUGCUCUGUGUACAAUGCAAGCAACUUUCAGUCUGGUCCUAUCAGGAGUGUCAGUAAUGCUAUAGCCUCCGCAGAUCCGAACUUUGGAGCAGCUAUCUUUACAUCAGGAGACACUUUCUACACUGGAGCAUCGACUGGUGCAGGAGAAAGGAUGGUACUUCAACAAUUCGGAGAGGAGUUCCAUAGAUCGUCUGAUAACAAUUCAUCAGGCACACGCAAUGAACUGGUUUUUGAGGUUAGUGACUUUGCACGACAAUUCUAUGGUGGAUUUGUGAGUGGUGAAUUUGCCUACUAUGUUGUCGCUGACUACCAACCUAAUACUGUUGGUCGAUCUAUAAAACUUCUACGUGUUUGCAACAUGCCUGAUUGUGGAGGUUCAAGUACCUGUGGAGUGACUGCUUUGUAUGAACUGGGAAUCAAUUGCGCCUCUCAAGCAAUCAGUGGAGCUACUCGUGUGUGUGGAGUGUCAUUAGUGGAGGACUUCAGUGGGAUAUCUGGAUCCACUGCUGUGGUAACUAUUUGUACACCUGGCUUCGCUACUAGAAACUCUAUUUGUGUGGUCAAUAUCACUGCUGUCAAUGAAGCUAUGGACACUAAAUAUGACUCUUGUAUUGUGUCACGAACUGUUCGAGAAGAAAUUGGUUUAGCAUGGAGAACAGGCUCUUCAGAAAGCUGCGAUGCCCUACCUCAGGAAACAGGUAACAGAUGUGACCUAACCAGUCCAGUCGGCCUUCUCAUUCCAAAUGGUGGUAUUGCACCUGUUCGUAUCAACUUUGGAGACAGCCUUAUCCCUGUUUCUUCAGUAGCUGUGAAGGUGGAGCAGUUUUCAUUUGUGUUUGUUGCAACUCGUGAUUAUAGGAUACUAGGAUACUAUGUCAGUGGUACAUUGACCCUGGACACUGAUAGCUCAUUCUACAAUCAGCCAGUGAUCUCUGUUGUAUAUCUUUUGUCAUGGCAUGAGGGACUGAACUACAUCACAGCAGCCACUAGAAACUCGGUGUUCCAGGUACCCAUUGAGGAGUGUUCCCAGCAUACAAACUGUACCAGUUGUACCAAUGACCUCAACCCGCUGUGUGGGUGGUGUGUGGUUGAGAACAAGUGCUCUCGUCAGACGCAGUGUCAGAACUCCAGUCUCUCCAGUAGAUGGACACGCAAUAAUACUGACUGUGUUACUGCCACUGUGGACACUAUGCAACUUGUGCUUGACCAAUCAAUUCCUGCUAGAGUGCUCACAGUGACCCUGACCCCUCCCGGCCUGCCUGACCUCCUACCUGGAGAGAACAUCUCCUGUCAUCUGGCAGACAGUGAAGGACGUUUCCCACCCAUUAUAGUACCAGCUGUUGAGGUCAACCCGGGAACAGUAUUCAGUUGUGAUAUUCAAGGACUAGUACCUGACUAUCCUGGAGUGACUGCAACCAUCAACCUGGGCUUUCAGAGCUCUCUGUUCAAUGCGCCAUUUGAUAUCACCAACCAAGCGCUCACCAUCUUCAAUUGCUCAGCAGGAGAAAGCUGUAAGGAUUGCCUGGAGCCCAACAGUCUGUGUGGAUGGUGUAACCUCAACAAAAAAUGCAGUGGAACAUCAGCUCCUUGCAGGAAUGCAUCUCACUUCCUACAGUUAAUGGGAGGCAAUGACUUCACUGCUGUGUGCUCCCUAUUGGACAAGCCCCCCUCUGGUGUGUACACUCAACCAGUAAGGGUGGCCCAGGACCUUCGACUGACCACUAGGAACCUCAUUGCCCCGACAGAUGGCUUUAAGUACGCUUGUGUUGUGAAUGGAGUUAGUCUGACAGCUCAGUAUGAGAACGAGAGCUCCAUCCUGUGUACAGUGGGCAGUGGACAACUCACACUUUCUGCUGGUAUUGGCAGUUCCACUGUAGUUUUCAGGGUUAUCUGGUCUGGGAAUGACAUCAACCACCCACUGAGCAGCGUCAUACAACAGACCAAUGUGAUCUUGUACUAUUGUCGUGAUUUGGGAAGUGGAUGUUCAGAGUGCCUUGCGUCCAGACGAGGGUCAGAGUUCAUGUGUGGAUGGUGUGAGGAUAGCUGUAACGUUCUGCAAGAGUGCAAUGGUUUUACUUUUAUUACUGAGGGGCGAAAUUGUCCGGCCCCUUUCAUUAACUCAAUAUCUCCAGAUUCUGGACCAGUUGAGGGUGGUACAACAAUCACAGUGAGGGGAACUGACCUCGGAGUGACCUUUGCCGAUAUUAUGACCUCCACCCUUACAUUAGGAGGUGUGGCCUGCACUCCCAUCAACACAGACUAUAUUCCAGGGCGUCAGUUUGUCUGUGUCACCAAAAGAUUUGGAACUACAGGCCCCAAUAACUUCUCUAUGAUCAUAUAUGGCUCUCAAAAUGUCAAUGUAAACGCUGGCUCUUUCUCUGUGCUGAAUCCUGCUGUCAGCAGUAUGACACCAACCUUUGGACCUGUGGCCGGGGGAACAAAAGUGACUGUAGGGGGGACUGGACUAAAAGUGGGUAACUAUGAGAACACUAGAAUCUCUUUAGAGGUCAGCAGAGGGUCAAGCUAUAUCUGCAACAUAAUAAUUGUCCUGCCUCAGGAAAUUAAAUGCACCACUACAGCAGCAAACCUCACCUCAGCUGCAAAGGUGGUGGUGACUAUUGAUGCUGCUAGGUUUGAUUUUGGAGUGCUCUUCAGUUAUCGUAACAACCCCAAUGUUACUGCCGUGUUUCCUUGCAACACCAUUCCCAGCGGAGGCAUCCCACUGAACUUUACUGGAGUGUACUUGGACGUGGUACAACAGCCUGUGUUGGAGGUGUAUAGAGGAGCGGGGUCUCCUCUGAGAAGCUACUGCAUUGUUGUGGACAAUACCACCAUCACAUGCUCUACUCCUAGUCUAGGGACGACCUCACUGACCCCAUUGGACUAUGCCCUACUGGUUGACGAUGCCCCACCCAACACACAAGCAUACCUCCCCAUCAGCGUUCAAUCAGAUCCUUCCAACUUUAGGUUAGAAGGCUCUCAAGAGAUCACCAGUGGCACUGCGACCCUCAUACACAUUGUGGGUGAUAAUCUCAACUCAGUGGAGACCAGUGAGAUACGAGUGACAGUAGGAGGAGAGGAUUGCACCAAGAUACCUUCCAGUAACAGAGUUAGUAACAUCAUCUGCACUGUCCCUUUGGAGCUGCCAGGAGGGCAUAACCCAGCCAUCAUAAAUGUGAACAUUGGGAGCAACAUCGCUCAAGUAUUGGACCAGCAACUCACUUACACAGUUCCAGCUCAACUGGAGAACAUUAUUCCAGUUAUUGUCAUCAUCUUUAUACUGGUCCUCUGUUUACUGAUGCUUGCUAUUGUCUGCUUGUAUCUGAAGUCGAGGAGAAAGUCCAUGUCGAUUGCCAUGCACCAACAAAUGGAGCUUGUGGCUACUACUGGGAAAACUCUGGAAGUAGUGGAUGGAAAUACUGCACUUGUUAAAUCAGCUUUCGAUGAGAUUGCUGAGUCCAUCCCAGACUCAAUCAAAAUACCUGCCUCCAUAUUGAAGCUCUCCAGCACAGCGAUUGGACAAGGUGAAUUUGGCGCUGUGUACAAGGGUGUCCUGAGAGACUGGAACAAAGUUUCUAUGCAAGGGGUGGCCGUGAAGACAUUAAAAGGUCUGUUUUCGUUGUCGGAUGUUCAGAGCAUGGUGUGUGAGAUGAACAAAAUGCAGAACUUUGACCAUCCUCACGUCAUGUCCCUGAUUGGGGUGUGUCUCGAUGCUGGCCCUGGUGUUGCCAUAGUGAUGCCAUACAUGGCCAACGGGAGCCUCCACGACUACCUCAAGAGAGAGAGGGAUAAUCUGGAGCUGGACGAUGACUGUGAGAUUGAUCAGAUUCUGGAAGUGAGGAAACUGCUACUAAAGAUUUGCCGUCAGAUAGCACUGGGAAUGGCCUACUUGGCCGAGCAGAAUUUUGUCCAUCGUGACCUUGCAGCCAGAAACUGCAUGCUGGACUCAGGAGGGGGUAUCAGGGUGGGGGACUUUGGUUUGGCUGAGAAUAUCCAUGCUAGCGGCUACUUCAGACAGAAUGAUCGAGCCAAUGUGAAGCUUCCCUACAAAUGGAUGGCCUUGGAGAGUCUCAAUGAUGCUAUCUUCACAGAGAAAACCGAUGUGUGGUCGUAUGGUGUGACUGUGUGGGAGGUCUUCAAUGGAGGACGGACCCCCUACCCUGCCUUGGACCCACACUCCCUCAUCCAGCUGCUGGGAGAGGGGCGGAGACUAGAGAGACCUCUCAAUGCAGCCUGUGCCACCGAGAUUUCUGUAGUGAUGCGUAAGUGUUGGAGGGAGGACCCAGAGGAGAGGCCGACCUUCUCACAACUGUCCUCCAUUGUGGAUAGGUUACUGGCAUCAUUUUCUGGCUACACUGAGCUCGAAAUGGUGCUAGUAGACACCAGUCAAGAGAAGCUUAAGGAGCAGCUCAGUUAGUGUAAACGCAAAUUUGUUACCCAGCUUUUAUUAUACCUGUUGCCAUACCAUAAAAAUGUGCUUCAAACUAAAUUGUACCUUCAAUUGCUAUAUCAGUUGGGGCCAA